GUAGUUUGAGGAAAUAGUUUGAGUGACAGCUGUGGUGACAGCCCACACGUUAGGACGGCACAGCCGAUACUCAAGAUGGCAGGUCUGUCUUUAUAUUUUGAAGAUGGCCAUGAUGAUCUAGAUGACUUUGGAUUUGAUGACUAUGGUUCAGAAUGUGAUGGGAUCCGGAUCACAGCCUUUCUAGAUGCAGGGCAAGACAACCUGACGCCUCUUGGAAGGUUAGAAAAGUAUGCCUUCAGUGAGAAUGUCUUCAACAGGCAAAUCGUGGCUCGUGGUCUGCUUGAUGUGCUUCGAGAGUUCAGUGACAAUGAAAAUGACUUUAUUAGUGUCAUGGAGACAGUUGCCAGAAUGUCAGAAGAUGGAGAACCCACCGUGCGAGCUGAACUCAUGGAACAGGUGCCCAACAUUGCCAUGUUCUUACAUGAGAGUCGACCAAACUUUCCAGCAGCUUUCUCAAGAUACUUGGUACCCAUUGUGGUCCGGUAUCUCACGGACCCAAAUAAUCAGGUGCGGAAGACCAGCCAGGCAGCACUGCUUGUCUUGUUGGAGCAGGGCCUCAUUUCUAAAGCUGACAUGGAGAGUAAAGUGUGUCCAGUUUUGUUGGACCUUACAGAACCCAGCAGUGAUGAUGACUACAAAAUUGAAGCAGUCGCUAUCAUGUGUAAAGUGGUCACCAUUUUGGGCAAAGAUACUGUAGAGCAUCUGUUGCUACCGCGCUUCUGUGAUCUUUGCAGUGAUGCCAGACUCUUUCAAGUGCGCAAGGUCUGUGCUGCUAAUUUUGGAGAAUUUUGUUCUAUUGUUGGUCAGGAAGCCACAGAAAAACUGUUGAUGCCCAAGUUCUUCGAUCUGUGCUCAGACAGCUUGUGGGGCAUCAGGAAAGCCUGUGCCGAGUGCUUCAUGACUGUCUCAAAUUCCACUUCUCCAGAAGUGCGACGGACAAAUUUAUCUCCCCUCUUCAUCAGCCUCAUAAGUGACCAGUCUCGCUGGGUGCGCCAAGCUGCCUUUCAUUCCCUGGGACGUUUCAUCUCCACCUUUGCCAGUCCAUCCAGCUCAGGUUUCCGUUUCAGAGAGGAUGGUGCUUUACUUGAGGUCCAGAGGUGUCCAUUAAACAGUGACUGCUCCCUAAACUCCUUGAACUGUUCUGGAAUUACCAGCUGUUGCACAGACAGAACAAUUACUCACACACCUCCAAAUCAGGAUGGGCGUGCAACACCAUCCCCAGAGCAUGUUGUAACAACAGACAGUGAGGAAAUGCACAACUGUGAUGACAGUCUUGCUUCUGUGCCUGAAGAGGUGCAUGACAGUUUUAACGUCUCCACCCCAAAUUGUGACAGCAGCUCCACAAACACAUACAGUGAACUAAACACAAAAGAAAUGGACCAGACAGAUGAGGACUUUAAUUCUUUUCACUAUUGGAGAUCACCUUUGCCAGACAUCAGUGAUGAGUUGGAGAUGCUGAGUAGUCAUACAACAGUGGAGGUGGUAAAGAAAGAGGAGGUGCAGGAAGAAGCUGAGGGUGCAUAUCUUGACUCAAAGAUCAGUCCUGGUAAAGCCACCAGUGACCAGAUCCAGAAGGCCUUGGAUUGUUUGCAACCACACAUGGACGACCCUGAUGUACAAGCUCAGGUCCAGGUGCUGUCAGCAGCUCUGAAGGCUGCCCAGCUUGACAGCCCAGGAGACAAUGACCCUUUAGAAGCCCAAGAAGCAAGUGAACCAGAGAACAGUACUUUCAGUCUGUCUGAGGAGAACGUAUCUGUAAAGGUUCCAUUGGAGGAGGAAACGAGUCCUCCAGAAGAGGUACAAAAGCCAGAACCCGUGCCAGCUUUGGAGUCAUCCCCCAUCCAGGAGCAAGGAGAUGAGGAGACACAGACAGAGCCUGUGGAGGAGCAGGAAGUGUCUCCUCCUUGCUCACAUUUUAUGGUACAGGGGUGUGAUCUGAUUGAAAGUUUAGAAGAGGAGGCAAAGGAAGACUCUGCUCUCAGCCCAGAGGAUAAACCAAAGGUCCAGAACGUUAUUCCCCAGCAGCUACUGGAUCAGUACCUCUCUAUGACGGACCCGGCACGGGCCCAGACUGUGGAUACGGAGAUCGCUAAACACUGUGCCUUCAGUCUGCCUGGGGUGGCUCUUACUCUGGGUCGUCAGAACUGGCAUUGCCUCAAGGACACAUACGAAACACUGGCUACCGAUGUACAGUGGAAGGUGCGGCGUACCCUGGCUUUUUCCAUCCACGAGUUGGCAGUUAUCCUGGGGGACCAGCUGACUGCAGCAGAUUUGGUACCCAUCUUCAAUGGUUUCCUCAAAGACCUGGAUGAGGUUCGCAUUGGUGUUCUUAAACACCUCUAUGACUUCCUCAAGUUGCUCCAUGCAGACAAGAGGAGAGAAUAUUUAUACCAGCUGCAAGAGUUCAUGGUGACAGACAACAGCCGCAACUGGAGAUUCAGAUAUGAGCUGGCAGAGCAGCUAAUUUUGAUCAUCGAGUUGUACAGCCACUAUGAUGUGUACGACUACCUCAGACAGAUAGCGCUCACUCUCUGCUCUGACAAAGUCUCUGAAGUCAGGUGGAUCUCGUACAAACUGGUUGUAGAGAUCCUACAGAAGCUGUAUGCAUGUGGUGCUCAUGAUCUGGGCCUGAACUUCAUCAAUGAGCUCACAGUCAGGUUCUGCCACUGUCCCAAGUGGGUGGGACGGCAGGCGUUUGCCUUCAUCUGUCAGACCAUAGUGGAGGAGGACUGCAUGUCCAUGGAGCAGUUCAGUCAGCACCUUUUACCCAGUUUGCUCAGCCUCUCUUCAGACCCGGUGGCUAAUGUCCGCGUCCUCGUGGCCAAAGCACUACGGCAGAGCAUCAUGGAGAAAGCCUACUUCAAGGAGUCCGGCUGUGCCUGCUCUGAUGAGCUGGAAGAGACCGUGAUGGCUCUGCAGUCAGACAAGGACAGAGAUGUUCGCUUCUUUGCCAGCCUGGACCCCAGUAAAAACUUAAUGGACACGGCUCCCUUAAUGUAACCUCAGCUCCAGAGUCCUGUUAACAGCCCAGCUGCCUGCCUGUCUGCCUGACUGAUGCACAGUCAGCAUGACUGCAACACCAGCACCACCUGUCCAGAUCCUCAAACACUCAGCCACUGGGCAGACGUGCACCAGCGAGUCCUCUGGACUGCAGGACACCAUCACACAAAAGCCAGUUUCUGGUCGGGCACUACAUGUUGCACAUUAGACUCAAAAACACCCAGCAUAUCUACUCUGAAUUUUCAGAAAACGAGGAAGGUAGCUGUACCUACCGUGGAUAGUGUUGCAAUGGCUGCCGUAUUUUGGCAGAACUCAACUCCUUCGCCUCCACACUAACAUGAACUCGGCUUGUUUCCUCCCCAGUCAGACAUAAACCUGCAACAGGCUCUAUCCAAAGCUAAUUGUAAGCUUGAUAGAAAAUUGCUAAAUGAUUGUUUGUUUUUUUCUUGCUACUUUUUGUGAAUUUCUUAAACUUAUCAGGCAAAACCAGCCUGAUUGAUGUGUGCACUAACUCAGGGGGACUAUGUGAACCUAAACAGCAUUAGCUCACACGUUAAGCAGCAGAUCAUGGCUCUCCAGCUGUCUGAAUAAUAGACAAAACCCAAGUAGCUCUGCUGGUGCCGCCUCAUUUCCUCUUAAAGGCCUUGUUUCCUCAGAUGCCCUUUUGCUUCUGAGACUAUCCUCUGGGUUUUCAUCCGUGUGUUUUUCACGUUACUCCAGCUCAGACCAGUGUUACUGCACAGGAGGAUCAGGAAUUCUGCAACUCAGUGUAACACUCGGUUUUUAAAACCAUACUUUGACUUUUUUUUUGAAAGAACCGUGUUGCUUCCACUCUGGAUUUUUUAAAUACCAAACAAAACAUGGGGGAGGGUUGGGGGCAGGGCAGUGACAAUAUGUCUCCCAAACAUGAAAUGAGAGGAGACAAAAGAAAUACCUCUGUAUGGACACGACAGGCCAGUGUGUUGUAGAGAUGAAUGGCAGCAGUUCAACAAUAAUUGAAUCCAGAAUCAUCUUCGUGGUCAUUCAAGUCAUUUUAAGGGCUUGUGAUGAAGCGGUACAGGGUGAAGAAAGCACACUGUUGAAAUAUGCAUGUGCCCUCCCCUCCCUUUAUGUUUCUGUCUUUUCUUGCUCCUUUUUUUCGUUCAUCUCCUGAUCCUGAAUGAUGAAAUAUAUGACCAUGGUAGCGUUCGGUGGACCUGACUGAGCGGUUGUGUGGUAGAACAUAAGAACGGCUGUGUCUGGCUCCACAGUCUGCAGCUUUUCAGGUGGAAAGAAAGCUGACUAUUUUCUUGUUGGUGAAAUGAAUUAAGUAUGAGGAUUCUCUAAAUGCGCUACUCUUUGUACAGCUUAAACCUGUGGAAACUGUAUGUGUUUAUGGAACCAAGGCCAGUUUAGUUGUUUUUUUUUUUGUUUUGUUUUUUAUACCUUAUCCAGGUUUGUGGGUCAAUAUUGGGAGCAGUCACCAAGUCACUUUGUAGUCUUGAUUUUGUUUGUCCACUGUUGUAAAUGCUAACUCAUUUUUUUGUUUGUGUUUUUUUAUCAUAGAGAUAAUUUGAGAACUUAAGCUGAUGUUAGCUGUGCAUCUUCUUUCUUUCGAAAGGAGAGCGGUGUCCACUCAUCUUGUCUGUCUGCAAUGUGUCCAUCUCAUUUUUAAAAAAUGUAGAAUAGUUAAUAUAUACAUUUUAUGAAAAUUAUUUUUCUUUUCAAUUAUGCACCACUGUUCAAAGAUUUUAUAUCCUAACUUUACAAAAUUUACAACCUUUGUAAUAUUCAGUGGGUUCUUUUUAAAAAGACAUUUUAUGUAAUGUUAUUUUUAGUAUUCUGUAAUUAAAAUG